GCGAUCCACUCUUGUGCUGCUUGCUACCUGCGUGGUGGACGGUGUCUUCAUGGAUGACAGCUACAGCGACAACUCUGAGCUGUACAUAGAGCUUAGAGACAUGGAGCGGAACCGAAAGAGUAUUCCACGCAACAUGCCGCUGCAGUCAGCACAUCUCCUUCAAGGACACGCCGCGCACGACGACAAUCACCAAAUGCUCGUAGCGCUGUACUACUGGCGCCAAAAGCUAUGCCACAAGACCUUCCAUGCGUGGAGGCAGUUAGUUCCAUCAAGAAGGUCGACGCGUCGCCGUGAAGUCCUUGCGCCACUGCUUUCCAGGCCUGAUGACGAUCUCCACCGCCAGGCUCGACCACGUCGCACCGCCAAUUCAAUACUAAGGCGGCACCAAGAGUCCAUGAAAACAAACCGUAAACUCGACGACAACGAUCAGCCAUCCUCCGACGAGUCUUCUGUAUGGGGCAUCCGAUUGUCCUCUUCACGUCGUGCCAUCCGGCCUCCCGUGUCCAGCUCCAACGACUUCGCCAUUUCGAAUGACCCCCCUGACGCAGUCGUCGAACGUCAACGCAAAGCCGUCGCGCAGUUGACGCGGCAACAAGAGAUCCACCGCCUCAAGAUGCAUGCGAUCAAGACUCGCUACUCGCUUUUGGACGGAGUAGUUUCUACGUGGAAAUCGGCUGUCGACGCCACACGGCCGCUUCGUUUGGCGUUGGCUGGACGCGCCAUAGCUCAUCAUCGAUGCACGUCGUUGAAAAAAACGUGGGCUCAAUGGAGCCAUUGGUUUCAUCGCAAACACCGAUCGAGAAUGGCCCGGACGUUCGCCGCCCAAACCAUCUACGAAUACGUGUUCCGCGGAUGGAUCUACGUGACAUCUGUCGCUCGAGCAGGGGCUUUGGUACGAGCCAAACACAACGCGAAAGCUCACAUUCAGCACUGGCGGCAAUGGACGUUGGCCUUUUCCACCCACCAAAGGUGGCGAGUGUUGAUCUUUUACCUAUCGUCGCAACGCCGUCACAAAGAGCUUCGACGGCUGUGGCGACUGUGGCGUUUGUUUGCGUCAACAAGUCAACAAAGCCGGCGGCACCGACACGUGGCAACCGCACACCUCCGCACUAUGACGCUGUCAAAGGGGUUUAGGCAAUGGCAUCAAGCUAGCGACGUGAACCUUGCGGAGGAAAUUCGAUUGCGACGGACGCUGGCGCAAGGUAUGGCUGUCCGGCGGUGGCGGGUGUGGACGGCCCAGCAGCGACAGGAGUGGGCAAGGCGCGAUAUGGCCUUUGCAUGGUUCGAUCGGCAGCUGACCAAGACGUGCAUGCGGGCUUGGCGGCGGUAUCUGCUACUUCGAGCGCAUUGCCGCCACCAACGUCGGCGCGCUGACGUGUUUGCAACCUCGUCGCAUAUUCGAACGGCGUUUCAUACGUGGCACUGCCAGAGCCAUCAGCUCGCCAUCGCGAGAACACAGUGCGACGUCGCAGCAACGUGGUGUAACAGCCACACUCGGCUGCGAAUGUUUCGGCGGUGGCUUGGAUUUGUUACCCGUCGGCGGCAUCACCGGUUAGCCGUGUUGCAUUGCUACAGCGUCACCACGGAACACAUGUUUUAUGCCUGGCGGCGAUGGACGGAAGCAGUGGGGGCGGCGCGAUGUCGGGCCAUGGACGUGGCGCAUAUCCACGCCAUGCGCCACUUGCAGCAACACUUUCGAGCGUGGCAGACGAGUGCCCAUCGACGGCAUUACGUCCACAUGCUUCGAUGUCGCCUGCAAAUGCGACGGAACUUCGCCAUCCUGCGACGACAUUACCAUGCAUGGACGAUGUACGUUCGCCCCAAGACAAGACAAAGGCGGCUGUGUGUGGCCCUUCGAGGCCAGAGGAUCCUUCGGUUCGUUCAAUGUGUGCUUCAAGAGUGGGCUGGCGUCGUGGACACCCGUCACGCGUGGCGGAAGUUUGUCGUGCAGUUGGACGACACGCACACUGCAAAGCGAGUGCUCUUUGGAUUCCAUCUGUGGCGCCUGCAUGCGACCGGCUCGGCCGUCGCCGCCUCGCGCAACCGGCGGCUCCAGGAUCAAGUGAUGGUUCGAUGGACGGAAUGGACACUCCACCAACGAACGCGCCAUCGUCACGAGAAACUUGCUGAGCAAUGGCAUACGUGCAAGACGAACGAGCGGUCAUUGACGGCGUGGUGGACGCAUGUGCAGUUGCAGCGGCAGUCGAGGGAGUCCAUGACUCGUAUCCAGGAGGUGUGGGGUCGUAGCCGGAUCCAGCGUUUGUGGCAAACGUGGCGCGGGCGGUUCGUCGUUGCCAAGCGAGUUCGUCAAGCAACGACAUGGCACGAUCGUCAGCUGCUUCGACGUAUGUGGCGGGGUUUCCAAGUUGCUCUGCAACUCGUGGCCGUGGAAAACAAACGCCGCCGCGCCGCGCAAGCGCUAUUGACGAGGAAGCUCAGCUUGUCCAUGUUUGGACGAUGGGUGCAGUACGUGGCAGGCCGACGCCACGACCGGGAACUCGACGCGUUGGCGCGAGACCUUGCCGCAUGCCAUCAAGCCACCCGUGUGUUUCACGCGUGGAAAGCAGUGCACGCCAAGCGACAGGUGCAGCGUCGAUGGCGCAACCAAUGGGUGCACACCCAGCUCCGGCAAGCCGUGCGCCAGUGGCACGCCCUAGCCGCCGUCCUCGCAGGCCGCACAUGGACAGCGGUGUCCAGUCGCCGGCAUUACGCCACGGGCUUGUUCCGCAAAGUAUUGUACGCGUGGAGCGACGCCGUGGCGUUGGAGCGGCACCUUCGAGCGACCGCCGCCCGGUCGGUUCAGCACCUCCAGGCGUGUCGACUCAAGCAAGCCGUGGCCCGGCUGCAACUCAAUGCAAACGCGAGGCAAAUGGAAGCAUCAGCCGCUUCCCGUGCCGAGACGUUUUACAAGCAACAGAGGGCAGCCGUCGCUGUCACGCAACUGCGACGACGUGCGGAUGAUGCAAAGAGGCGAACGCAUCAGCGCACUGCCGCCGAGAGCGUGUAUCGACGCCGUGUGACACGGCGGGUGCUGGGUGCGAUGCGGGUCGUGGCGCAGCGCAGUCGGUACAUACGCGGCAUGCUCGUGGAUGCGUUGGGGGUACAGGCAACCGCCAAGUCCAAGUACAUGUUUGGCCGAUGGGUGCAGUUCGUGACGCAGGCGCGUCAUGCGCACACUGUCGCACACGUGUUUCAGAGUCGGACGCUGCGUCGAAGGGUCAUGCAGUGGCAUGACGUGGCCAAACACCAGCGGCGGUGUCGAGCGCUCAUGGAGUCGACCCGGCGGAUUCUGUUUGGCAAUGUCGUGCGGACCUCCAUGGUCGCAUGGGUGUCCUUCACAACGCAACGCCGUCGCAAGGCUCGGUGCGCCGCCUUGGCGAGGACACACGCCGUCCUCCGAUCUCGGCGGCGGGCGUGGAGGGCGUGGGUUGUGGUGCACGUCCGAGAGGGGAAUCUCGAGAUGGCGUUGGGGGCCCGUCGACGGCGGCACCUUGGCCGCUUGUGGGCGGACUGGCGGCAGGUGGUUCAGAAGCACCGUAUGCGACAGGUCCAGCUGGAGCUGGCGACGCUGCACGAUGCUGCCAAAUGCAUGCGACAAUGCUUGUCCUUGUGGCGCCAUGUGACACGUGUCGUUCGAGAACUGGACAAGGCGAUGGUGGUUGCGUGUCGGCGCAAACAGAAGCUCCGACGGGCGUGGAAGCGGUGGGUCCGCUGCCGCCACGACGUCAUGAUGCUACGACGAGCCACGUGCAUGUGGAGCCAGCGAUUCCUGCACAUGUGUUUUCGAUUGUGGAGCGUAUUUCGCACAUAUCGCGUACGAAAGCAAUGGCUGGCGGUGCAAUCUCGAGCGUUUUGUCGACAUCGAAGGCUCGGCGGGGCCUUUGACCAUUGGAAGCGAUUGCAAGGGCGGCGACAAGUCAAACUCGCUCGAGAAGACGCCGCUAUCUCGCACGACCACAUACGCGUGUGUCGGCCUUGCUUCCAUUCGUGGGUGGCCGGGGCGCGCAAAACCAAAAAGACCAAACAGAUCUUGGCGGUGGCGUUCCGCCGAGACGCCACCAUGACCAUGUUUCGGUGUUUUCGGGGCUGGCAGCAGCUCUUUCGCCGGGCUCAGUCGUCCCGUCAAGCCAUGCACGACUACAACAGUGCCAUGCUCGGCUUUCACGCAGUCAAAGCCAUUGCCAAGUGGCGAAAACACACCAACGCGAUGCAAACGAUGCGCCAGCAACACUCUCGCGCGAUGGAUUUCCUCGAGAGGCGGCUUCGGGCCGCGUGCUUUGAUGCGUGGGUGCUCCAAGGAUACGUCCGCCAAGAGCGUCAGCUCAAGAACCAGCUGGCCAUCGACCACGCCCACGCCGUCAGCACGCGGCGCCGAUUCGACCGGUGGCUAGAAUUCACCUACGUCCAGUACCAGAUGGCCCAGGCAGAGCAUCAUCACGCCGCGGCCCUGGCUCAACACGCAUGGUCAAUGUGGAUGGCAUUUAUGCAGUCUCGCAUGUGCACGGACGACGAAGUUGCAAGUGCCGUAGCGCACUGUCACAUGCAGCUGCGCAGGCGAGUGUGGCGGCGGUGGCAAGUGUACUGUGUCGCACAACUGCAGAAACGCAUGGCGCGCUGCCAUUACGCAGCCACGCGCUUGCGGUUGUACUUUUUGGCGUGGAUAGGCCUCCGCGACCACAUGGAGCGGCUGCGGCAUGCGCGGACGUACUGGGAGGCGUCGACGCUGUCGGUUCGAUUCCGGCAAUGGACCCGCUUCGUCACGAUGAGGCGCGUGCGACACGCCCAACUUCGUGUGUUUGCCGGUUUGCAGCAGCGCCAAGCGGUUCGGCGGUGGCGUCACAACGCUCGCACUGCCAAACAACACAAGCGCCAGGUGCUGUGGGCGUCCAGCCUCUUUUACGAAUCAUCCUUGGCAUCGAUCUUUCGAGCAUGGCGGUCCAAGUUUCAAUGUGAAGUGCACAAGAAGCUGCAAGCCAAGCGCGCCGUCUCGCACUUGAUUUGCAAGGGCCUGCGAAGGUACUUUGAGCGGUGGAGAGUCGUCCAACGGCGGCGGCGCCAUCUCCGGGAAGCCAAACAUAUGGCGGAGUUGCAUCUGGCGGUCUCACGGCAGCGUCGCGGCGUCCGGUGGCUUCGAGAACAUGUCCAGGAUCAUCACCACGCGCAGACGAUUUGGCACUAUGUGGAGGCGUCCUGCAACGACCACGUGAUUCGCCGGCUGUUUGGGGCGUGGAAGACGUACGUGGCAACGCGUCAGGCCAAGUUGGAGCUUCAUCGCACCGCCGCCAUCCAUUUCGGCGGGCGAACGCAGCGUGUGAUCUUUAGUGCGUGGGUGGCUUAUGUGGUUCGCACCCGGUACCUCAAGGCUCAAGUGUAUCGGUCGCGGCAUCUGUACUUUAGCUCGCUCUACUCGCGGUCGUUCUUUCGCCUACGGCGGUUUGCGACACUGAAGCGACGACUUCGCCAUGUCACAGAUCAAGUGUGUAGACGGCGACGCCAGGAAUGGUUCGACCGAUGGAAGCAAUUCCGCGACGAUGCGCACAUAGCAACCAAACGAAGUGCAAGGGCGUCCAUGUUGUACAGAAAGUCCCACCUUAGGCGCCUGUUUAACCACUGGAAGAGCGUCGCAUGCGAGCGGUGGAUGCGACAGUGGCUGGUCAGCUACGCCGCGGUCGUUCGACAUCAAAGCGGGCUCGCGCUGGCCAUCCGUCGGUGGUGGGCCGCCACGGAAGCCAGCAAACAGGUCAAAGCCCUAGGGUGGCGCAUGCGGCACGCCCAGUUGGUGGCAAACGCGAUGAAUCUAUGGCAGCAGGCCACACGACGGGCAAAAAUAGGGCGACAGUUGCAAGUUACGACCACCCAUCGCCGUCAAUCCAAGGCCCUGCACGCGUGGAUGCACGCGCUCGUCGCAGUCGUGGAAUAGUUGUAAUAUAGUAGAAACCAAGUCUAGUCUUCGAAGUGUACAAUAUAAUAGAAUUCGAAGACAGUGUCAC